CGCCGCAGCCAAUGAGCCCGCGGCUCCGUAUCCGGGGAUCCCGGUGCGGCCACCGCCUCCCGCGCACACACGGCCAUGGCGGAGGCCUCCUCGCUGGAGAGGCAGAGCCCUCAAGUGGUCUCCUGCCUUACUCACAGUUUGUGCCCCAGGGAGCCCGGAUUGCCGACCACAGCAGGUGUGUCAAUGGGCUCUGCAGACCAGCAGUUCAACCUCGCAGAGAUCCUGUCGCAGAACUACGGCAUCCGGGAGGAGUGUGAAGGGACCACAAGACGCCCAGCACAGCCUGAGGAGGAGCUGGACAAGGACUUCAUUUCCCAGAGCAGUGACAUGCCCCUGGACGAGCUGCUUGCCCUCUAUGGCUAUGAGACAACAGACCCCAUCUCGGAGCGGGAGAGUGAGGGCAGCGAUGCCACAGCCACCCUCCCAGACAUGACUCUGGACAAGGAACAAAUAGCGAAGGAUUUGCUUUCAGGGGAAGAAGAGGAAGAGACACAGUCCUCGGCCGAUGAUCUCACCCCAUCUGUUACCUCCCACGAGGCUUCUGACCUUUUCCCUAGCCAGAGUGGACCCCACUUCCUGACUGGCACAGAGAAAGAGCUAAGCUCUUCCACCUCAUCUGACACUGAGGAGGACCCUCUUCCUGCCAACAAAUGUAAGAAGGAGAUCAUGGUUGGGCCUCAGUUCCAAGCCGACCUCAGCAACCUGCACUUGAACCGACAUGGUGAGAAGAUUUAUGAGAAUGAAGACCAGCUGUUGUGGGACCCCAACAUCCUCCCUGAGAGGGAGGUGGAGGAGUUCCUGUACCGGGCAAUCAAGCGGAGAUGGCACGAGACCACCGGGUCUCAGCUCCCAGAGGGAGAAAUGGUGAAAGACAGUGAGCAGGCGCUGUAUGAGCUGGUGAAGUGCAGUUUCAAUGUGGAGGAGGCCCUGCGGAGACUGCGGUUUAAUGUGAAGGUGAUUCGAGAUGGGCUCUGUGCUUGGAGUGAGGAGGAGUGUAGGAACUUUGAGCAUGGCUUCCGAGUGCACGGGAAAAACUUCCACCUAAUCCAGGCCAACAAGGUGCGUACAAGGUCUGUGGGCGAGUGUGUGGAAUACUACUACCUGUGGAAGAAGUCUGAGCGCUAUGACUACUUCUCCCAGCAGACGCGGCUGGGCCGGAGGAAGUACGGCCCCUCAGGAACCACGGAUGCAGACCAGGACCUAGAUGGCAGUGACCCCGAUGGCCUCGCCCGUCCCCGCUCCUCACCGCCCCUGCCCCCUGCCGCUGAUGGCCUAAACCCUGAGCAGGACCCUCUGGCACGGAUGCCUAUAGAGCCGCUGAGCAUGGACGGCAUGACUGGCAGUGUUGGUGAACCUGAGGAAGGCUCCAACAACCUCCCUUCUUUGGAGUCAGAGCCCUGUCUGUUCCAGCAACUGGACACCCCACCAACUGUGCCCGCACCCCAGCAGCCCCCAGCCCUGGCCGAGCCGGCCUUCUGCCCCUCCGCUGCAGCUGCUCCAGAGCCCAGCACCAGCUCGAGACUGGCUGUGGACUUGGCCCUGCCAGGGGCCCUUCCUGAGGAGCUGCCCCAGGUCUCCAGCCAUGUGGAUAUGGAUGGAGAGUCCGAGGAAGCUGUGGCCCCUGCACAGGUGGCCUUGUCGGUCACUGAGUUUGGACUCAUUGGCAUUGGGGACGUGAAUCCUUUCCUGGCUACUCACCCAGCGUGCCCGGGCCCUGGGCUGCACUCGGAGCCCCUGUCACACUGUAACGUGAUGACCUGUUGAUUCCUGGCCACAGGCGGGUGUGUGUGGCCUAGACUGGACUUGGGGCCACUGUGGGGCCUGCUUCUGUCAGUCUUCCCGACCCUUUUCCUCGUGGGCCUCGGGUAACGCCUUCUCUGCUUCAGAACACUUCAAGGACUAGGGUGAGCAGUGGCAGGGCUAUCAGCCCUGCCCCUCCCCACACACAGCCCGGCACCCUCAGCGCCCGGCACCGCUGCCUGGCUGCAGGCUGUCUCCGUGGGACCCAUUGGGCACUGGGUGCAGAGGGACCGGUCCCCUCCAGCCAGCAGAGGCACAGAAAGGCAUCCCUGCCCGGCAGGGGGAUGGGGAGACAGGGCAGGACGCCGCACCCCCACCAGCAGCCUCUGCCCAGGGAGCCCCCAGCACCUGCUUGGCUCUGUCUCGCCGCAGUUGGCAGGGCCAUGGGCUGCCCCAGUCCAGGGGUCGGUGGGCAGCUGCUACUCGGUGCCAAACCCCAUGGGGCACAGAGCCAUAUACCUCGACGUUGGCCCCGCCCCACCUUUGACCUCACCCACUCUGUCCACUUCAGGAAAAGCCGCACUUUAUGCCCACCUGCCUCCUCUCUGUCCGCCCAGGGCCUCUCAGCAGCCUCCUGGGCUUCAAGAGACAGGUGACCGACACCCCCUGUCACCUGCAAUGCCGAGGGGCCAGGUCCAGCUUGUUUUCCUGACCCUGCGGGUCGUAUUUCUGUUGAAGCUCCCCAGCAAGAUGGUUUGGGGUCCUGGUCCAUCUCUUCCCCCACCUCCCUUUUUUAAUUUAUGUUUCUGUUUACAAAUUGGAGUGGGGUCCUCCAGGGGGGCAGGACAGCGUUCCCCAGCCCUUGGGUGUCACCAGGAGAGUUUUGGCUCGAGCCCAUCUGCAGAGUUGGACUCAACCUUCCCUGUCACCCCACCAAGGACCACACUGUGAAGUGAAAACUGCCUUGAAUCUCUUGCUGUUUUAUUUAUUAAACUUUAUUUGAAGCCCC